UUUCUCUAUGCUUCUCGGUUUGGGGUUCGUGGACAGGUCUCGGCAUGUCAAUGCUCUACAUCCCGUCCGUCGUCUGCGUUGCCUUCUACUUCGAGAAGCGACGCGCGCUGGCCACCGGACUGGCCGUGUGUGGCUCGGGUGUCGGCACCUUCCUCCUCGCACCUCUAUACCAGCACCUCACGCAGAUCUACGGCUGGCGUGGGGCCAUGCUGCUGCAGGCCGGGGUCGUGCUUAACUCGGCCGUCUUCGGCACGCUCAUACGACCGCUGCGCGAAAGCUCGCCGCCGCUACGGGGCGCUGCCGAGGCGCGGGAGAAUCUGCCGGACGGCAGAGACGCCGAGGAGGUCGAAGAUUUACUACGCAGAGGGGGUAGUGAGGAGGUUAGUGGUGUCCUCAACGCCGCGGAUGCAGAGGAGGUUAGAGAUGCAUUGCAUUCCAGGGACGGAGUGGAGGUUCAAGGUCUCUUAUACGACAGGGCUGCAAAAGAGGUUGAAUGGUCAGUACGAGCCUGCGAUGGGGAAGAGGAUUUGCUGCAUACCAGAGAUGACGUGAAACGGGUAGAACUUACUGCGCGCACCGAGGAAAGCAGCAAAAUGUUUAUCCAGCCUGACGAGGUCUUGGCGUACCGUGACGACUCACUGAGAAGCUUCCACGAUGCAGAAACCUUAAAUAUCGAACUGAAACUCUUCGAUGGAGAUCGCUCGUCUGUAUCCAAGAGUCGUGACAAAAGAGACGUGGAAUGCCCACGCAGCAGCGAUGGACGGACGACCGAUCGAACGUGGAUGUCAUACCCCGACAUUAGCAUACAGUUAAAAGCAACGCCGUCGCAGAAAUGUCGGUCGCUUCGUAGUCUAUCCGCGCGGGAGUUUCCACCAGGCGCGGACACCGACGAUUAUUCGCUCACGUCGGGAAGCCUGCUGGAGAUACCAGCGUUACUCGUUCGCGGCAACGCGCCGCACGAUGGCGGCACCGUCGCACGCGCGUCCAACGACAGCGUCGGUACUCGCGCCCGAAACCUUCUCGAUUACCCUCUGAGCAUCUUCGACGUGUCGCUGCUAACCAACGCCAUCUUCCUGUUGUUCACCGCCUCCAACGUGCUCACGAACGUCGGCUACAACGUACCUUACGUCUACCUGCCGCACGUCGCCGUCGAGCGCGGAUACGCGCCGGCAGAGGGCGCCAGGCUCCUGUCGAUCGUCGGCAUCGUCAACACGGUGGCGCGCGUCGCCGUCGGGUUGCUAAGCGACCGGCUCUCGUGCGUUCGCCGGCUGUGGCUCUACAGCACGUUUCUCGUGUUCUGCGGUGCGGCGGCCGUCGGCACCGUCUUCUGCUACAGUUACGCGUCGCUGUGCGUCGUAGCUGGCCUGUACGGACUCUUCUUCGGUAGGUAUAGGAUCGGAGGUAGGACUUACCGUGACUAA